AUGGCGCCACGCUCGCAAUUGGAGAUCACCACCUCGUCUGUCUUGCGCCUGGUCAAGGAAGAAGCAUCUUACCAUCAAGAAUAUCAACAACAGACAGAGCGCAUUAAGAAAUUAGAGAGUCAACAGGGCGGCGAUGACGAGAACAAAGAGUAUCUGUUGAGGCAAGAGCGUCUUGCACUUGAAGAAACCAAGAAGGUCCUCCCGGUCUUGAAAAAGAAGCUCGAAGAUACGAUAGCGACGCUCCAGAGUCUCCUGACCGAGGAGGGCAAGAAAGGACCCCAGAGCAACGUCGAGCACAUCAAUGCUGCCAAGGACGCUAUUUCAAAGGCCAGGACGGCUGAGCGGGAGAUCGCUUGA